AUGCAACGUUAUGACGAUAGGCCUCAGCCUCCAAAAGAUGAAGAAUUGAAAUGUUUUAUUGAACAAAUAGCUGAAUACGUUGGAAAGUACGGUCCUGAAUCUGAAUUGAACACUCAAAGGGAACAACAAGGCAAUCCAAAGUUUGAUUUCUUAUUCGGCGGUCCAUACAGUGACUACUACAAGUACUGCGUUCAUUGUUAUAAAGAGAGAGAAUCUGCUCAGAUGUCUUCUUUCCCUCCACAUGGAAAUUCAGAAAUGGAUGAUUUACGAAUGAAAAUUAAUGCUCUUCGACAACAGAUAAUCGAAAGUGAACACAACCUGAAGGCUCAGUUGGAUUCACAAGCUGCGUUCCGUGAAAUUGAAUUUAACAAGGGAAUAACUGCUGCUGAAAAUGAAAAAAUAUCGAACUAUGUCGCGAAAGCUCAGCUCGAAUUGAAUUCAUUCAAGGAAAUUCUCGAUCAACUCAACAAUCCCAAGUGCUCGAAGGAUGCCAUAGGGUUCGCUAAGAAAUGGAUUUUUGAUCAUUGUCAUCAUGAUCAGCAACGUGAAGUCAUCCUUAUGUACCUUUCAAAUCGCGUCAAAGAUGUAGAAUCCACCGACAGCUUCCGACUGAACAUCUUGUACCUCAUAAAUGAUUGGGCUCAUCAAUGUCAACGCAAAAAGCUUGACCCUGUCACUCAGGUUCUCUCCCGUUACGUUCCUCAAAUGUAUGCUUUCUCUAUGGAGCUUGCCACUGAUCCAAACAUGAACGCUAAGCUAGAAAAACUUGCUGGUGUUUGGGAAGGCCAUCAAUACUUCAAUGACCAUUGCUUCAAACAACUCAGGAAUCCAACGUUCAUAUACACAAGCUCUAAGCAGGCACUAACAGCAGAAUAUUGUCAACUUGGUAUCAAUAUCGAUGCUCAUCUUCAAGCUAUGUAUGCUGGUUACGAGCAGCAACACAACAACUUUGCUCAGCAUUGCCUUCAACAAAUCAAGCAACUAGAAUCGGAACUCGAUCGCUAUCAUCAUGGACCAGAUCAUUCGUUCAAUCCAAACCUAUCACAACCACCCCCACCUAUAAGACGGUCAAGAUUCGAUCAGCAGUCACGUUUUGACGAUUCAGGGAACAAUAUGAAUUUUGGUAGACAGUUUCACCCACCCGGCAGAAUGCCAAUGCCAAUGAAAGAAACGUUCAAAAGUCCAGUUUCUGUCCCUGAUGGUGAUGAUAUUGAUGGCCAUCCUUUCAACGAGGAGGAUUUAAUACCCAAAGUUGAUUAUUAUUCAUUACCUGCUGGGAUUAUAGUUCCGUUAAUACCUAUGGAGAGUAUGACUUAUGAACCUAUUGGUGUAUCUUCUUUGAGAAUGCCUCCUCCUGUACCCCCAUCACAACGACUCUUGGAAUCUAUGGAUGCGUUUUACAAUCCACCUAUUUCUGAGAAACUUCGGGAUUCACAAGGCUGGGAGAAGAAUGCUCUAGCAGAUUUCUUCGAACGCAAGCUUCGUCUCAAGAAAAUUUUCCAAGAAAAGUUGUCUGGAGAAGGACGAACUCUGGAGUCUGUUAUGAAAAAUAAGCAGACAGAAAGUGAUAUGAGAUUGGAGAGAGAAGAACGGGAAGUAGCUCUAAGCAGAUACAUUGAAACGCAAAAGACCAAUAGAGAUAGUAGAAGUAGAUCAAGAAGUCGGUCCAGGUCUCGAUCACGUUCAAGAUCAUCGUCAGCUUCCAGCUAUCGAGACUAUGAUAAUAGAUCCGCAAGAUCUCGUAGUAGAUCCAGCAGCUCCAGUAAUAGGUCCAGAGGGAGUAGAUCACCUGUGCGUUCACGGUCAGUAUCGCCACCGACUAGAGUUGGUUUUACAAGAAGAUCUCCUAGUCCUCAAGCUUUUACUGCAUUUGCUAUGCCACAAUCAGGACCUCUGGGAGGUGAUAAUAAGGGAGCUCUACUUAUGCAAAAGAUGGGUUGGAGUGGAUCAGGAUUAGGAGCUAAGGAAACGGGAAUGGUGGAACCUGUAAAUGCGGGAGAAAUAAGAGAUAAGUCUGGACUGUACAGAGGGUUAGGAAGCAGACUUGAUCCAUUUGAACAAUUUAGGAAACAAAGAAGCUCAUCCUAUCAUGAUCGUAACUUCAUGGCUUCAGUGGAAAGAGAUCGCACUCGACGGGAUUAA